GAACUAUAUAUAUAUAUAUAUAUAUAUAUAUAUGUUUACCACGUUCUAACCGUUUCUAAUUAUUUCAUGUAUUAGGAUAUGCCGGUACGUCAUAACAUUGACGUAAUGCAUGUGGAAAAGAAUGUGUCUGACGCCAUACUAUCCAUGUUGAUGCAUAGUGCAAAGUCAAAAGAUGGUGUUAAAGCUAGGCAAGAUUUAGAAGAUAUGGGGAUUCGCAGCUCCUUACACACUGAGGUACGUGGAAAAAGGACAUACCUACCUCCAGCUUCUUAUUGGUUGACGAAGGAUGAGAAGAAGAUAUUUUGCAAGAGGUUAUCUGAAUUCAGAGGACCAGAUGGCUAUUGUGCUAAUAUUGCAAAUUGUGUUUCCAUGGAUCCUCCUCAGAUUAAUGGUUUAAAGUCACAUGAUCAUCAUGUUCUUCUGCAAAACCUAUUACCUGUUGCAUUGCGAAAAUUGCUUCCUAAAGGUCCUAGGAUUGCAGUGACUAGAUUAUGCAACUUCUUCUGCAGACUGUGUCAGCGUGUGAUUGAUCCUGAAAAGCUACUGGAACUAGAGAGUGAGCUUGUUGAGACAAUGUGUCAGAUGGAGCGGUUCUUUCCCCCAUCACUCUUUGAUAUAAUGUUCCACCUCCCUAUACAUCUAGCUAGAGAGGCACGCUUGGGAGGGCCAGUACACUUUAGAUGGAUGUAUCCAUUUGAAAGGUACAUGAAAACACUUAAGUCCUACGUUAAAAAUUUUGCACGACCAGAAGCAUGUAUGGCUGAGGGUUACAUGGCAGCAGAAUGUAUUGCCUUCUGCAUGGAAUUUCUUCAAAAAUCUGUACCAGUUAAUCAACCUGCGAGUCGUAAUGAAGAUGUUGAUUUAGAUGAUGACAUCCUUGAAGGCCGUCCAAUCCAGAGAUCCAAAGAUGUUCUACUUUCUGAUAAAGAGCGAGACAUCGCACAUAGAUAUGUUCUAAUGAACACAGCAGUUAUGGAGCCAUAUAUUGAUAUGCAUUUGGAAGCGUUGCAAGAGAAAGAUCCUCGUUGUCGGCAAAAUCAGACUCUGUUAUGGAAGUUACAUGUGGAACAGUUUACACAAUGGGUAAAGGAUAAGAUUUAUUCUAACCCAGAGGAGCAGUCGAAAAAGCUAAAAUGGUUAGCAUUUGGACCAAGAAAUUCAGUUGCAAGGUACAAAGGCUUAAUCAUCAAUGGACAUCGCUUUCAGAUAGAGUCGCUAAAGAGGAAGACUCAGAACAGUGGGGUAGCAUAUGAUGCUUUCAGUAUGUGUAGAUCGAGUGCAAAAGAUAGUAAACAUAUGGCAGAUAUAGUAUCCUACUACGGAGUGAUAGAAGAGAUUAUACUACUCGACUACCAUAUGUUCCACGUCCCACUCUUCAGGUGUAAGUGGGCCAACAAAGGGCAUGGUUUGAAGGUGGAAGAUGGUUUUACGGUUGUGAACUUCCACUUAAGCCAAGCAGCAUUCCAAAAAGAUCCAUACAUUCUGCCGUCACAAGCAAAGCAAGUGUUUUAUUCCAAUGAUGACUCUUCUGAUUGGUCUGUGGUUAUGAGGGCACCACCUAGAGGGUAUCACGAGUUAGAGACAGAAGAAGAGUUUGCUGCUCCACCAGUAUUCGUCGAGGAGAAUGAAGAUUUGGGAAAUGAUUGUUCUGAUGAUGAGAGUUUCUGUUGUAGGGAUGAUUGUGAGGGGGUCUUAGUUGUGGAGUAAUAGGGAUAUGACUAGUAACUGGUUUUGGUUUGAUAUCUGGAUAUGACUAGUAACUGUUUUUUUAACGUUAGUUACAGGAUAAAGAUAAUGGAGUACGGGAUGAUUCAACGUCGCAGUAAGCGCCAACGAGGACUAGAUGCUAGCGUUGAACCACUUAAGUCUGGGAAGAAACGCACGUUAUUGAAUGCAAGUGUAGACGAAGAGCAAACAAACAUCAAGCAGAGCAUCAUACAGAAGAAGAGCAUCAAGAAGAAGAGAUUCAAGAAGAAGAGCUUCAAGGAGAAGAGCAGCCAGAAAAGGACUUCAGAAAAGAUAAAGAAAAAACUCCAGAAGCUGCAGAGGACGAACAUAACUCAAAGCCGAAGUCAAGGAGAGGAAGAGGACCAACCAGAUUGAGUAGAGUUGCUAAAAAUCCUGAGGAUAAGAUCGACAUUGAAUUUAACACUCUCGGUGAGCAUAUUGGAGAUGGCUCAGUGCUACUUUCAUCCUUUCUGGGUAUUCUUGUGAGAGAGCA